GCUGACUGCUGCUGAGAGCAGGGCAGGGUGGAGGGAGUAACCUCGCACUCGCUCAGGGCGACAACGAGACAACAUACUAGUGUUUUGUUUGCCUGUGUGGACAGUUCUCCUGUCGUAGCUGUGCUGCUCAGUGUGGAGGCGCUCUAUGCAGCUCAAGGUCAGGAACAGCCAGCGGCAGCCUCGGGGAAUUGUCCCAUCUGGAUCUUGGGACCCGCGGAGGGAGGUGGGAAAACUUUCCUUGUUUAAAUAAAUGGCUAUGGAGAGCCAUGGGGCUGUGAAGAGGAUGUGAGGCCCGGGCUACUGUCACUACCUCCCAAAAGUAGCGUCAGUUCUCCUCUGGCUGAUCUCGUGUCAGAGACGAAGGGAAUGGGCCCAGCCUCACUGCAGGAGGACAGAGAGCUGAGGAAAGAGUCCAAGGAGGAGAUGGAGAGCUACCGCUGCCUUCUACAGGCAGGCUCCCAGCUAGAGAGCACUCUGCAGCAGGUGACUGUGCCUGUGAGCAUGAAGGAAGUGGGAGGCUAUAUAGAGAAACAAGUAGCAUACCUGUCAGGGGGCCGUGGGGAAGACUCCAGCGUUAUCAUCACUCUCCCAGAAUGCUCAGCUUUCAGUGACAUUCCAGAGGAAGCUCUAGCCAAAGUUUUUACCUACCUCACUCUCAUCCCUCGAACGAGGCAACCUGGAGUCAAAUUUAUCAUUAUUUUAGACCGAAGGCUGGACACUUGGGCAUCUAUCAAAACGGCACUUGCCAGGAUAGCAGCUUCCUUUCCUGGGAACCUCCACCUGGUCUUGGUGCUCCGACCUACCAGCUUCUUCCACCGUACUGUUACUGAUAUAGGCUUCCGCUUCAGCCAGGAGGACUUCAUGCUCAAAAUGCCAGUGGUGAUGCUGAGUUCUGUCACAGACCUGCUGCGCUACAUUGAUGAGAACCAGCUGACAUCAGAGUUUGGAGGCACUCUGGACUACUGUCACAGUGACUGGAUUGUUUUGCGGACGGCCAUUGAAAGUUUCGCUGUAACAGUCAAAGACAUUGCACAGAUGCUACAGGGCUUUGGUACUGAGCUGGCAGAGACGGAGCUGCCUGAAGAGGCGAAAGCCAUAGAGUGUCUCCUCGAGUUGCACACGGACAAGUACAGAAAACUCAAAGAUGCAAUCAGGUCGGUGUCAAAGGAGGGUCGUCAUCUUCUCUCCAGCCUGGAGACCACUGCGAAGGAGGAUGACUCCCAGUGGGACGUGAAGCUGGACUGGGAGACGGUGCAAAGGCUUCUCGCCCAGCUCAGAGACAUGGAGUCUGCCUUUGACGGCUUUUUUGAGAAGCAUCAUCUAAAGCUCCAUCAGUAUCUCCAGUUGCUCAGAUAUGAGCAAAGCUUUCAGGAGAUGGAGUUAUGUCUAGAGCAUCUCACAGCUCAGGAGAGGGAACUAUGCAUAUCUGCGAACAGUCUGGCUGAAACAGAACAGGCCCUCAAAAGGCUGGACAAUCUAGAGUCCAAUGCACAGGAGGUGACAGCUCGGGCCCAGAUAAUCAUCCUUCAUGGACACCAGCUAUCAGCUGGUCACCACUAUGCCAUGGCUCUCAUCAUGCAACGCUGCAAUGAGCUUCGUCACUACUGUGAUACACUCACUGCUGCUCUCAAGACCAAACACACUCGUCUUCUGCAAACACACCAGAUGCUGCUUUGUCUUGGGCAGGCCCAGACUUGGUGUGAUGAUGCGGCAUAUCUACUGGCCAAUCAGCUAGUAGAUAAGUUUCAGUCUAAGGAGGGGGCCCAGGCUGCUCUGAGGGACAUUGAGAAGCUCUUGGAAGGGGCUCCGUCUAUGCUGAGCUCAGGACUUGACACUGUAACCGCUGAAUAUGAGGCUGUUAUUACACCUCAUUUUCAAGCCCAGAUUGGGAAAAUGUUUGAGAAGCAUGCAGCAGUACAGCAGAUGAUCCAGAAUCGACAGGCUUGUCUAAGGAAGCUGGCUGAUAAACACGUACGACCGGUCCAACUGGUGGCCCCCAGGCCUGAAAACACACCACGAUCCAAGUCUCCGCUCUUCUCUCCAAAACAUGGUGAUGGAUUGAAGUUCACAUUCGAUCUUUCACUGCCUGGGAAAAGAGCAUCGAGAAAGGUCCCCAACUCUCGAAAAAUAGAGGUGAUGCACGACUACCAGGAGAGCCGGAGCUGUGUGUCGUACAGUCUGGAUGGAGACGACAGCCCAGAUCUCUUGAAGCGUCAUGUGAUGAGGGAACUCAUAGAAACUGAAAGAAUCUAUGUGGAAGAGCUGCUGUCAGUGUUAUUGGGUUACAGGGCUGAAAUGGACAACCCAGCUCUGUCGGGGGUCCUGCCCCCAAUACUUCGCAGUAAGAGAGACAUUCUCUUUGGAAACAUGCCAGAGAUUUACAAUUUUCACAGCAGAGUUUUCCUUCAGGACCUGGAAGGAUGCCUGGAGGCUCCUGAAGGUGUGGGAGCGUGUUUUCUGGAGCGGAAAGAAAGCUUCCAAAUGUAUGAAAGCUACUGUCAGAAUAAACUACGCUCAGAGGCACUGUGGAGACAAUUCUCAGAUUGCGGCUUCUUUUUGGAGUGUCAAAAAAAGCUGGAGCACAAACUGGGCCUGGAUUCCUAUCUGUUGAAACCUAUCCAGCGCCUCACAAAAUACCAGCUGCUGCUGAAGGAGCUGAUAAAAUAUAGCACAGACUGUGAGGGCACCUCUGAACUCCAGGGGGCACUAGCAGCCAUGCUGGACCUUCUCAAAUCAGUCAAUGACUCCAUGCACCAGAUUGCAAUCACAGGAUAUGAGGGUGAUAUUUGUGAGCUGGGCCGUGUGCUGAUGCAGGGAUCCUUCAGUGUGUGGAUCAGCCAUAAAAAGGGCCCCACUCGCAUGAAGGAGAUGGCUCGUUUCAAGCCAAUGCAGCGGCACCUCUUCUUGUACGAGAGAGCUCUACUUUUAUGCAAGCGAAGGGAGGAGCAUGGAGAUGGCUGUGACAAGACCCCGUCAUACAGCUUCAAGCAUUGUCUCAAGAUGACUGCUGUGGGGAUCACAGAAAACGUCAAGGGAGAUGUGAAGAAGUUUGAGAUCUGGUACAGUGGCAGGGAGGAAGUGUAUGUGGUUCAGGCUCCUACAGUGGAGGUGAAGAUGGCCUGGCUCAAUGAGCUCCGUAGAAUCCUGACUAACCAGCAGAAGAUGCUUAGAGAUGAAGCAUAUCAACACGGCCACAUCGUUGACCAUAUGCCGCUUUCUCCACCACUCUCUGAGAGCAAACAGCAGAGGGCAUCAGUGAGUUCAGAGGAGACAGAGUCUGGGAGGAGCAGUCCAGACCCCCAGCCCCACUCCCCGAAACACCAGCACAACCGUAGGAGCUGGCCAGGAGCUCCUCACUCCGUAGACAUCUGCGAGGGUCUGGAGGAGUGGCCUGGAGGUCGCGACCCCUUCCAUCCAUCUGACACAGACGAGGAGGUUUUGGUGCAACUGUCUCCAGGCAGAUACAGGGUUUUGGCUGACUGUCUCCAAAAUGGACCAGACAGCAUCGUCAUCAAACGUGGAGACGUCAUCCAACUACAAUGUGAAGACAACAGGGGGCGCUGGCUGGUGAAAAAUGUGACUCUGCAACAAGAGGGCUUCUUACCAGCUGCCGCCCUGCAGCUGAUUAUAGGAGGCAGCAGGCGCGAAAACUCCUCCAGACUAGGGGACCCAGGAAACCUGAAGGUGAGAAAGCUCAGCUCCCCAUAGAGAAGAAAGCACAUAUUGUGAUAAUAUUUACCUUUGGGUGAGAAUGAACAGACAGAAAGCAGACUGAGCCAUAGUUGUCUCAUAACUGAUCCUCCAAUGCCGUCUUCUUUCAUCAACGUUCAGUCAUUAAAAAGACAAACAUGGAAAUCUACACAACAGUUUUUUUCUAUGGCUUUGACUGACAAUCUCCUAAACCAGAGUUUUCUGACAGUGAAGGUGUGGAGAGGUACCAGCACAAAGACACUGGAGCUGAUGAAACCACUACGGACAAUCAACAAGCUACCCCCGGAUCUUGUUUGGUCUUCCUCUUUUCUUAUUAGUGAUAAAUAUCUCUUCCCUCUGGCGCUCACUUUGCAACACAUGCAAUCGGGAUGCGAGUUUGCUGCUUAAACAAUGGGUCAUUUCACAGUCUGUGGACUCUUCAAUCCUAAUACUUGAGGUUAAAGUAACUUUAUGGGUUUGUGUGUGUGUGUGUGUGUGUGUGUGUGUGUGUGAGCUCCUGUCUCAGUAUGUGAUGAAUGGAUGCUAACCCAGGAUUUGCCUGAAACCUUUCUUAAAAUAUAUACAUGCCACCGCAUGCGGUGUCAUUUUUAACAUUUACUGUAUCUCAGCGUUUCAUCUUGUCAUUGCAUUUUUCUUACAUUUUGCUCCUUAAGGCGCCCUCUUCUGUACAGUACGGGAGUUACAAUGCCAAAUUGUGCCAUGCCAUAAUGCCUUUUUUAUUCUUGCUCUUGUAGAGUCUCUUGUAUACUGUUUGCAAAAUCAAAUACUCUGUCCUUGCUUUAAACUGACCUCACAAAUAUUCAAUGGGCACUUUAAUAUGGUGGAAGAAUGAUGGAAACUAAAAAUCCACCUAUUGUUUACCGAAUGUGUUCAUUGCUCGCUGCUUUACCUCUCUUACUGUGCAUUUCCUUGUGUUCUAGAUGCUAUUUUCUUUGUUUAUUUGUCUGUGAUGUAUGAUGAAUGUAUGAUGUGUAAGGGAGGCAGGGAAGACACAUGCCUCCUGCAUGCAGGCAGCGGUUGACGUGUCAAAGAUGGUAAUGUAAGGCACAGGCAAAUAUGAUGAAGAUUGAUGGCAGUGUAUUCCUCUGUGUGUGCCAUAGACAAGUGGGAGGCACAUGCCACAGAGCCCUCAAAUACUGUCAUUUUCAUCAGGAUCUUUUGGGAGCUGUCUUGUCAAAUGCAGCAAAGGAAAAAAAAACUGAAGCAGAAUGAGAGAGAAUGAAAUGCUGUGUGUAUUCGGCCAUCACAGAGGCAAAUUGUUUCUUCGCCACCAUUACAGCUCAGUUAAUCUUGGGUUCCCCUUUAAAAUGGAUCAUACAGCCAACAUGAAAUAUACCCUCUGUAUUGAACACUUAAUUAAAUAUUGAUUGCAGACUUAUAUGAAUUUAUCACAUCAAAUUGAGCCCCCGGUCGGAGGGCUGGCUUUGAUACGAUGCAUUUGAUAUGGAAAUGAAUCUAGAAAGCAGCAGGGGCCACUGCACAACAUUUCCUGUGUUGUUAAUUUAUUUAUUUUACUGUCAAGUCCCAAAUGAAAUUACAUACCCAUAUUUUUACAGAAGCUAUGCUUGAUUCUUGUGCAACAUCUACUUUAUUUGCUCUCUUAGCUUAUAUGAGAAAAAUCACAUUGUUUGUUUGUCAUUUCAAUCCAAAAUGCUGCAGAAUUUGCACAGAUUUCCAGCUCGGGAAGCAAAAAUCAUGCUUGAGAUGUUAUGUCUCUUGAUGAGCCAUAUAUCCUACGCUAGUUGCUGAACAUUUCUUUCGAUAAAAAUGCAUGGCAACCGAACAAUGAGUUGGUUUGUAUUAUUAAAGUCACCACUCUACACAGGCAUUUUUGUACAGCUUUUCUUAUGUAAAGAAAGCCAAAUGCAAAAGUAUUUGCUGCAAUAAUAUGUUUUUCAAGUGAUAAAAUAAUAGUUGUUUUGACACGGUGAUAUGGUGGCUAACAACUAAGCCCAGUCUUUGUCAUUCACCCUGAUUUAAUCCAUUAUUUCUGUCUUGUUUCAGUAGCAGCUGUCUUAAAUAAUAAAACUGCAGAAUUUUCUGUUUUUGUCGA